AUGUGGCUAAGUCGAAGAUUUUUUACCGCGAAGAAUAUUUUCUCCAUUAAUCUCAUUAGCGUUUUGAGUCAUUUCUGUGAGAAAUUCAGGAAACAUGAGACGAUUGAAUUGACUGGCAUUCUUAAUUUGAGACAUUAUCCAAUUAUUAGAAAGAAAACAUUCGUUAAUCCUCAAGAAGAAGAAAAAAAUGAAGAAAGAAAAAUUGAAAGUUGUUCAAGGGAAGACGCCUACAAUGUCAUGAAGAAAUAUGUUUUAAAAGAACCGUUGAAAUAUUUCAUGACUAAUAAAACUUUAACUACAUUAUCAAUGAUAUGGAUUGAGGAUAUUUUAACGCUAAUCGAUAGUUAA